AUGCCCCCUUCAACAAUUGCUAUUGAAGCGAACAACAAAAAUUCUGAUUUAGCUCCUGUGACAGAUGCUGAUGGAAUACGACAUCUGGUAAAGGGACCAGUUCUGCCUCGAGACGUUUGGCAUGAUGCAAAGGGGUUUAGAUACAUUGUCAAGCUCAAUGAAUUCAACCAACCUAUUCAAAAAGGUGGGAAGAUCCUUGUGAGCUUCCUUGGAGAUAUUGCAAAAAAUGAUUCACUUUGUCCAGUGGGAGUCCCAAGUUGGCGUGCUGUGAACAAUCAGUUAAAAACUAAUGUUGUUACAAUGAUUCGGAAACAUUUUGUGUUACCUGAUGGACCUCUAGUUAACAAGGCACUAGUGAUGCGUAUUGACAAACCAUGGAACAAUCAUCGAUACAAAUUGAAGAAGGAUUUUUUCGAUCCAGUGAAUAAAUCUCGAGAAGAGAACUAUGCCAACGUGCCUGAUGGAGUGUCCACUAGGAGUUGGACGGAAUUGGUAGAUUAUUGGCUUUUACCAGAGGCCAUGGAAAAAUCUGAAAUGGGAAAAAAUGCUCGAGCUUUACAAGGCAAUAAGCACAACAGUGGUGCUACAAGCUUUGCUAAUCGAAGAGUUGAUAUGAAAGAGAAGAAAGGAGAGUUUAGCGAAUUGGCAUUUUUCAAAUCAGUUUACGCCAAAGAAGAUGGAAGCUUUAAAGAGGGCACACUUCCUCAUCAAUUUGUGGUAUCAUUGCAUUGA